AUGGACCCAAUCUCGUGCAACACUUGUUCUUUGCUGGACUCUCCGUCGCAGAUGGCUUUCAGUUUGACUUCGAGGUUUUUGCGCAAAAACGGUUUGGUCAGCGACAUACUGUCGAAUCCGAUCUGGCCAAAGCCUUCCGCCAGUGCAUAUCCCAACUCUGUUGGAAUCAGAACUUUUGUCUUGCUUUUCCCGCGACCUUGGUCUUCUUUGGUCACAUAUGAACGCUCAAUGAUUUUCUCAAUAUGUUCUGCAAUAGUGGCAUCUGUGCCGAUCCCGUUGACGUCCAUCAAUGCAAUCAGCUCUGGCUCCGUAAGAGGACUUGGUGCGGACGUUUUCCCGCUCGAGAGCUGUGCCGAAGUCAAGGUGACUUUUUCUCCAGGAUUUACCUCUGGAAUUUUGGUUUUGGACGACUCCCACGAGUUGUAG